GGUUUGAUGAUAGGAAUUCAAACCAGGCUUGUAGGGUGGCCUUCAUAAAGGGGAGCAGUUGCUACAGAGGACUUCUUUACAGGGUUAAAGAAAGGAUAGGUGCAGCGAGUGGGAGCGGGGACUGGUAUGUGGUAGUUAGCAGAGUAUACUGGGCCGUCACUGGGGGUGCUGUCGGGGAUGCAGGAAGAGUGCCUUGAGCAGAGGAAUGAUGUUGCAAGCCGACUGAGGCUGGGUGCAACAAGUCUGACCAUGUCUGCUAGAGAUGAGUGAAUAUGGGUUGAACAAAGCUCCGCUUACACAAAGCCUGUCUUGUCAAUCUCUUAGUACCUGUGGUGAACAUGCAGAAUAACACUCCAGAAAGUAAUCCACAUCAUCCUCUAAUAACCAUACCAGGGACUCUACCUGGUCGGCACUAAAUGGUGGCAAAAAUUCAUCCCUGCAUUCGGGGGUACCAGAUGAAACCAACUCAGCACAAACCUGAAUCAAUGGCUGCACCUCAGAGAAUUCUGUGCCCUGAGCUACUAGGCAACGAGCAAUCCUUAUACACUCUAGUAGUUGAUCCCUGGGAUACUCCUUCAGAGUCUGAUAAGCAUAAUCCCUGUCAUAAAACACUAGCAGAGAUAAAUACACCACCUCAUCAAGAUCCAUCCUUCCCAGCAACAAUAGGCCAAGAUGGCUUCCCUGUGCACCCACUUCUGGUCAGGAUUGGCCUUGGUGUAAUGUCAGGGAUGCGGGUGUGACCAGA